AUGGUUAACUACACUGUCGGGCAACUAGCCUACCUCAAAAUUUUCUUCCAUGCUGCCAAACACCCUCAUUUGCAAGUAAACGGCGUACUCCUAGGGAAGAAAGUUUCUGGGACAGUGGAAAUUGUCGACGCUGUGCCGCUAUUACACCACUGGACAAGUCUUAGUCCGAUGAUGGAAAUUGGCUUGGAUCUUGCAGGGAAACACGCUGAAAGCCUGGAAUUGCAACUCGUGGGAUAUUAUCAAGCAUCUGAGAGGCUGGACGAUACUGCGCUGGCUCCGGUCGGAGAGAAGGUUGCAAGUAAAGUAAAGGAGGGCUUCGCGGAUGCUGUCGCUUUCGUGAUCGACGGCGAGAAAAUAGGCUCAGACGAUGCUGCGCUAAUUCCUUUUAUCGCUCAAUUGCCCUCAUCAUCAUGGCGGCCUUACGCAGAACCAGGAUCUGCAGCGCCUUUCACUUCAGGUUCUUUGUUUUCGUUAUCAUCGCCCGACAUUCCCGCUCGCGCUGUCGCCUUGGUUCGAGAUCAACAACUGCAACGCAAGUUCGGUGAUUUCGACGACCAUCUUGAGAAUGUAACGAUCGAUUGGUUACGCAACAGAGCAGCCAUGCCGUCUGAUAUUCAGCAAUGA